AACCACCAGGGUGGCCACCCCCACCAUGUCCCAGGUGAUGUCCAGCCCCUUGCUGGCAGGAGGCCAUGAGAUAGGCUUGGCUCCUUGUGAGGAACCCAGGAAGGCCCUGCACCCAGCACCUAGCCACAGCCUGCUGCCCCAGUGUCCUUACUACACCACAGAAGGCUGGGGAGCCCAGGCCCUGAUGGCCCCCACACCCUGCAAGGGACCCCCCAGCAGGCUCCAGCAGGCCCCACAGCCUGAGGCCAAAGCCAGCUGCCCCCUGCAGACCCCUGGUGAGCAGGCCUCAGGGACCCCAGAAGAACUUGACUCCUACAUUGACUUCUCACUGGAGAACCUCAACCAGAUGAUCCUGGAACUGGACCCCACCUUCCAGCUGCUACCCCCGGGGUCUGGUAGCCCCAGGGCUGAGCCUGCCCAGAACACUACCUGGAGGAGAAAGAAAGAAGAACCUGAAGCCUUGGAUAUAAAGUACAUCGAGGUAACCUCCACCAGAUCACGGUGCCACGAUGUCUCCCAGCGCUGCUCCAGCCCAUCUGUCACCCCGCCCUUCGGCUCCCCGCGCAGUGGCGGCCUCCUCCUUUCCAGAGAUGUCCCCCGAGAGACUCGAAGCAGCAGUGAGAGCCUCAUCUUCUCUGGGAGCCAGGGCAGAGGGCACCAGCGCCCCUCUCCCCACUCUGGGGGUCCUUCCCCUCACCCUCCAUCCUCCCCCAGCAUCUCCAUCCCUUGCGUGGGAAGCAAGGCCUUGGGCCCUCAUGGCUUGGGCUCCCUGCUGGUGGCUUCUCCAGGCUUGGAGAAGGGGCUGGGGGGCCUGGCCCCACACCAGGGCAGCCGGGUCUCUGUGCUGUCAGCCAGCCCAGCAUCUGAUGUCAGCUACGUGUUCGGAAGCAGCCAGUCCCUGCUCCACUCCAGCAUCUCCAGCCAUCAGUCAUCUUCUAGGUCCUUGGAAAGCCCAGCCAGCUCUUCCUCCAGCCUCCACAGCCUUGCUUCAAUGUCCCUGGGUACGAGACCCAGUGACUUCCAGGCUCCCAGCAACCCGACCUUGAGCACAGGCCGGCCCAGAGCACUCCACUCCCCACCACUGGCCAAAGAGCAUGCUAGCAGCUGCCCCCCAUCCAUCACCAACUCCAUGGUGGACAUCCCUAUCGUGCUGAUCAAUGGCCACCCAGACCCAGGGUCCCCUCCAGCCCAGCAGACCCCAGGACAUCAGGGCUUUGUCCAACCUGGAGCUGCUCCUCCCAGCAACCUCUGCCCGGCCACCAGGAGCCACAGCCAGACCCUGCCAGACGCUCCCUGCACCACAUACCCGGAGGGUCCCACCAAGGACAUGCAGCCCACCAUGAAGUUUGUGAUGGAUACAUCUAAACAUUGGUUUAAGCCGAGCAUCACCCGAGAGCAAGCAAUCGAGCUGCUGAGGAAGGAGGAGCCAGGAGCUUUCAUCAUAAGGGACAGUUCUUCGUACCGAGGCUCCUUCGGCCUUGCCUUGAAGGUGCAGGAGGCCCCCGCAUCUGCCCAGAACCAAGCAGGCGAGGACAGCAGUGACCUAAUCCGACACUUCCUCAUCGAGUCUUCCGCCAAAGGCGUGCAUCUCAAAGGAGCAGACGAGGAGCCCUACUUUGGGAGUCUCUCUGCCUUCGUGUGCCAGCAUUCCAUCAUGGCCCUGGCCCUGCCCUGCAAGCUCGCCAUCCCGCAGAAAGAACUGGGAGGUGCCAACGGGGCCUCAGACUCCUCUACGGACAGCCCAGCCUCCUGCCUGAAGAAAUCGGCAGGCUGCCAUGCCCUGUACCUGAGCUCUGUGAGCGUGGAGACCCUGACCGGAGCCCUGGCUGUGCAGAAGGCCAUCUCUACCACCUUCGAGAGGGAUGUCCUUCCCACUCCCACCAUGGUCCACUUCAAAGUCACCGAGCAGGGCAUCACCCUGACCGACGUCCAGAGGAAGGUGUUUUUCCGGCGCCAUUACCCCCUCAUCACCCUCCGCUUCUGUGGCAUGGACCCUGAGCAACGGAAGUGGCAGAAGUACUGCAAGCCCUCCCGGAUCUUCGGGUUUGUGGCCAAGAGCCAGACGGAGCCCCAAGAGAAUGUGUGCCACCUCUUUGCGGAGUAUGACACGGCCCAGCCAACCUCUCAGGUCAUCAGCCUGGUGACUGCUCUGCUGCAGGACGCAGAAAGGAUAUAGGAGGAGGGCACCUGCCUGUGCAUCUUCCCAGAUGUCUCAAGGGGCUUGCCCAAGAGCCCACCUCCACCCCCUGAACAAGGAUCUUGUGGCCACGCUGACAGACCAACCUAUUGAACUAGAGGAGAAUAGGAUCAAGUUGAAACUCUGGAACCUGCUGUGAAGUUUAGCAACAACCUUCAUCUAGAUCCCCCUGGGACUCAGUUUCCUCAACCGUAAGAAGAAGACCAUAGACAGGUUCUGUUCUUUUCAGACUUUGGUGGGUAUUUUGAAGAUGCUCUGUGAUUCUGAAGCGUACUCACAUGUGAGGACCCCUGCAUGAAAAUACCCCCGUGGCCCCUCUGACUCCAUCAGCCUGGAUGCUACCAACACAGCAGCCUGAGCCUCUUUCAUGGCAAACAGCAGGCGCGGGGGUCAGGACCCACAGGGUUCUUGCCCUGAGGUUGGUGAUAGAAUGCCAGGAUUGAGGACAAAGGGGGGAUGAACAGACUCUAUUUCCCUCUCUAUCUGUCCCUUUCUCCACUUUCCUGAUGGCAUUUUGGAUCCACCUGCCCAAGAUUCUGCAGGUCAACAGGGCUGAGGUUGUUGGGGCAGCUUAGCAGCGGGGAACGUAUCCCCGUGGUCAGAGAAGACCCAGCUGUUCUCACAUUCUUGGUGUCUAGUCCCCACCCCCCAGCAAAUGAGUAUCAGCCCAUCUUUUCUCUCAGAUUCUUGGUAAGCAAGUGUGUCCCACAGCUGGUGUCACCGCUGCCUUAGCAUUGCAUGUAUAAGCCACACCUGGAGAAUGGAAGCAGAGAGACCUGGUUCUCUAAAGUAGACAUAAGGGCCAUUUCUCUGUGCUUCUCCCUCAGCUCCACUCUUGCUCAGUCUCUGUGCCCCCACACACGUGCGCGCAUGCACGCGCGCACACACAGA